UUAGUGUCGAGCGCAAAUACACAACAUUUCAGUCUAACACAAAUCCCACUGUUGAACUCAAAUUGUUUAUUGUCAAUUCCAUAUCCUGUGUCGUCUCGAUCACUUGAGUCGGUGUUGCGUCAUGUUUGCAAGAUGUUUUCGAUUAAACCACACCUUGACACAAUACCUGAUCAUUUUUGGGAGCCUGGUAUUAUUUUUUAGUUUCUAUUAUUUUGAUGGGCACCACCAACUAAUGAAAUCAUCAAUGGCAGAUGCCAUUGAUGAAUGGAUCAAUCAUGAGCCUAUUGAUAAGCAAUCUAGUCCUACUACAACAACAGGAGAUUCAGCAGCAUCUGCUGCAACAUCGUUUAGAUCAACUUGCAGUGCGGCAGCUGAUCGCAGAGGUCCAAACCAAAAUGUCAUCGGCUAUUCCAUGUACGGGAGAAAUUUCUCUGAGCCAAAAUUUUACAACUUGUACUUGAAAUCGUUUAGUGAAACUCUCAAGACGAUUCCGAUCAAAUAUCCAGGCUGGGUGGUGAGGAUAUAUCUCGAGCUGACGAGCGACGACGUGGAGAGUUGGAAAGUCUUCAACGAGAUCUUAGAUUUCAAAAAUCGUGACUACAUUGAUAUUUGCAACGCGACGCAAGUCAUCAUUAAUCGAAAGUUGGGUGAUAUUUUCGAGAUGACUUGGCGAUGGAUGCCAAUGCUGGAUGACAUGGUGGACACCUUGAUGUCGAGGGACUCGGACAGUAUCAUAAUUACUCGUGAACAAGACGCCGUGGCUGAGUGGCUGGCCAGCAACAAAACCUUUCAUCUUAUGAGAGACAAUCCACAUCACUGUUCGUUUUUUGUUGGAUGUUGUUGGGGAGUAAAACUCAGCAAGGACCGCGCUGCAAUCGUUGCCAUAGCCGAAAAGAUGUUCCACGAAAAUCAUUCGCACCAAAAAGGAUACGACCAGAAAUUGCUGAAUAGAUUCUAUCAAUCGAUGGCUGUCAAUAGCAUGGUCGCCCAUGACAGUUACUGCUGUGAAAAGUUCAAGGGCUCCCAACCGUAUCCGACCCCGAGACAAAACGGUUGGUUCAUCGGUGCGGCGCAGCACUCCCCACCGAUUCAGCCAGUUCUAAGUGUUCCAUGUCCUGAGAAUUGCCGACCGCACAACCUGACCGGUCCAUUAGCACUUGCCGAUUGGAGUUUGUGCUAAAAAUUGUUUGUGUCCAUUUUUUAAAAAAUUCUGGAAUGUUGGAAUGAUGGUGACGAUUGGAUCUGAUAUAAAAUUGCGGCUGGUUGAAUUUUUCG